CGUUUGUUUGCAACAGAUUACAUGUUCCUAAUUUAUUCUUAGCAUAAUUAAGCCUUUUGGCUAUUUUGCAAAAUUAGGAGCUGAUCGGCUUUUUCUACUGGCUAUUAAAAGGCGCAGCCCCCGCGCUCAUUUUGCUUGCUGUGCGUCAGUUUGCAUUUUGCCGCAAAGAGAAUAAAGCAAGAGAAGGACUCCGCUUGCAGUAUUUGGAGGCCGAAGAGGGAAUCAUACGACAACAACAACAAUAGCGACAACAACAGGCAGCAUUUAAGCGCCAUGGAAAAGCUGCUGAAAACCGAAUUGAAAACUACGGUUUUGAAGGCAUUUGGGAGCUCGGGAGGCGGGUGCAUAAGCCAAGGGCAGAGCUAUGAAACCGAUCACGGGCGGGUGUUUGUUAAAAUCAACAGCAAGCCUCAGGCUAGGACAAUGUUUGAGGGGGAGAUGGCAAGUUUACGAGCCAUUCAGGAAACCAACACUGUGCGGGUCCCACAGCCAAUUAAAGUGAUGGAUCUGCCAGGAGGUGGAGCUGCGUUUGCCAUGGAGUACCUCAGAAUGAAGCGCCUCUGCAAGUACUCUGCAAAACUUGGAGAGCAAGUAGCAGACCUUCACCUUUAUAACCAAAAACUUGGAGGGAAAUUAAAGAAAGAAGAAAACACUGUUGGGAAAGGGGCAGGCCACACUGAAUCUCACUAUGUGGAUAAGUUUGGAUUCCAUACAGUCACUUGCUGUGGCUAUAUAUGUCAGACAAAUGAAUGGCAGAGUGACUGGCCCACUUUCUUUAUACGCCACCGUCUCCAAGCCCAAAUGGAUUUGAUUGAGAGAGAUUAUGGAGAUAGAGAAGCAAGAGAGUUGUGGUCUCAGCUAAAGCGAAAGAUUCCGGAGAUGUUCCGUGAUGUGGAGAUCAUUCCUGCACUCAUUCAUGGAGAUCUGUGGGCAGGAAAUGUUGCUGAGGAUGACUCUGGCCCAAUCCUCUUUGAUCCUGCUUGUUUCUACGGCCAUUCAGAAUUUGAACUUGCAAUUGCUAUGAUGUUUGGUGGGUUUUGCUGCUCUUUCUUUUCUGCUUACCACAGCAAAAUCCCCAAGGCUCCAGGUUUUGACAAGCGCAAUAAACUUUACCAGUUAUUUAAUUAUAUUAAUCACUGGAACCACUUUGGGACAGGAUACCGGGGAUCUACCCUUAAUGUUAUGCGAAAACUUUUAAAAUAAUCCUUAAACACGGGCUGCUUGAAUAAAUGAUUUCCUUUUUGGUGUUAGAACAUCAUCAAAUGCAUUUGAAAGAUGAGGAGGCACUUGCAGUGCUUUCAUAAUUUUUGCAUCCUGUAAUUAUUAACCAACAUAUAAAUAAGCACUUUGGUAUGACAGGGAGAAGUGCUGCCCGCUCAUGUCUGUAUUUAGUGAUACUGGGCUAAAUGAUCAACAGGCUGACUCCGCAUGAGGCACCUUCCAAUGUUCCACUGUGGUUGGUUCUAUAGUUAGCAAUCUGGUCCCCCACUAUUGAAACUCAUGGUUCAGCCUGCAUUGUACUUUGCCAAUUUCAGAAUGGUUAGUAAAUUUCAAAGGAGUAGCUGCAGAAACGAAGAGCAUGCAAAUCUGAGAGUAUAUUCAAACAUACACGGUGGCUUGUAUGCUCGUAACAAUCCCCCCCACCCCGCUCCUUCCAUACGUGUAUUGCUACAUUGCAUUGCAUUAUAAGCAGCUCUUGAAGGUUCCCUCAACUGCAAAAGCAGUGCUGGCACAGGGCAGCUCACUGCAAGGAAGCCUGCUUUUACACAGAGGUGCCUUUGUAGACUUCAGGAUCACAGCUUUAAGCACUUCUGUGCAAAUGGGUAUACAAUGUCUUUAACACUUAACUAUAGAGCCUGUAAUCCAGGUUCUGAGUCACCAGUUUCUCCUUUGCAUGGAGAAUGCUCCUGGGGUCUUUUAUGUGUAUUAGAAUGGUGUAACAUGGUGUCCUGCAACAGCAGGGGGUUGGACCCGGUGGCUUUCAUGGCCCCUUCCAACUCUACUAUUCUAUGAUUCUGUUGUGCAGUGAACAGGGUAAAGUGAUGCCUGUUGUGGGGGGACCUCAGCUUCAUAUGCAUGCGGAUGGUGACUGACCUAGAAAGACACUGAAGGGUUUAUUAAUAACAUUAAUGAAUUAUGCAUAAAACUCCAACCCAGUGUUUAGCUGUUGUGGAAAAGGCAAAUUUCAUGCUAGGUACACUAAUUUGAAAAUAAAACUGCUGAUAUCAUACUAGUUUUAAACAAAUUUAUGGUGUGACCAUACAUAAAAUUCUGUGUACAGUUCUGGUCACAGUACCUUUAAAAAGGGGGAUCACAGAGUUGGAAAAUAUCCAGAAAAGGGCAACCAAAGUAAUUGGAGCAGGGAAGAUGCUCGCUUCCAUAUAGCCUAAAGUGUUUGAUCCUGUCUGGUCUUAGAAGCUAAUCAGCAUCAGGCUUGGUUGAAAUCUGGAUGGGUGCCUUAAAUGCUGUGAACCACCCAGAGAGCUUCGGUUAUGGGUGGUCUAGAAAUGCAAUGAAACAUGUUUUGCAAAGAACUGUUUCCUAUAAUGACAGCAUAAUCCUGUGCAUGUUUAGACAGAAAAAGGCCUAUAACUCCUUGCAUUGCACCUUUAAGGCUCAGUCAUAUGCAAGUUUAGAUGAAAAAUGUCAUGCCAUCUAGCAGGACUGCCCUGGCUAACAAAUGUUGCAAGGAUUAGUCCAGGAUUGCAUGCCAUUAACAACUUUCAUGCAUUGUUAAUAUUGUCAGUUCUCAUUAGAAAAUAUAUAAGUAAUUUAUAAAUAGUAAAGUAAGUAAAUAUUGAAAUAACUACUGGAUUGUUCUAGUAUGGCCAUGUUUUCUCUAUUAUGUGAAUUUUUCAUGGAGCAUGAAUGACUUGCAACAUGUAGAAUUUUAAAGCAUUUUUAAUUUGGAAGAGUUACUAUAAAAAUCAUUGGUCCUUUGUCACGUACUUCAUCAUGAUCACUUGCUGUUUCCGUUGUAAAUUAAGUGAAUAUUGGGGCAAUCUUCAUUUAUGAUGGAAAGUAGUUACAAAAAUAUCUUGCUAAGUGAUCCAGGGCUUUAAACAUUCACUUUAAGGAUAACAGACUUGAAUUAAAGUUGUGCAACAUUUACUUUGUAUAUAAUAUGAUAGUCAAAUAAAAUGUUGACAUGCUCUCA